GCUGGCCCGGGCGCGCGGCAGGGUCCUCGACUGGCGCUGCACCCGGGGAUGGUGAGCAAGGCGCUGCUGCGCCUGGUGUCUGCCAUCAACCGCAGGAGGAUGAAGCUGCUGCUGGGCAUCGCUCUGGUCGCCUACGUUGCCUCUGUGUGGGGCAACAUCGUUAAUAUGAGUUUUCUACUCAACAGGUCCAUCCAGGAAAAUGGCGAACUGAAAAUUGAAAGCCGGCUCGAAGAGAUUGUUGAGCCAUUAAGAGAGAAAAUCAGAGACUUGGAAAAAAGCUUCACCCAGAAAUACCCUCCUGUGAAAUUUUUAUCAGAAAAGGACCGUAAGCGAAUUUUGAUCACCGGGGGUGCAGGCUUUGUGGGUUCCCAUCUAACCGACAAACUCAUGAUGGACGGCCACGAGGUGACGGUGGUGGACAACUUCUUCACGGGCAGGAAGAGGAACGUGGAGCACUGGAUCGGCCACGAAAACUUUGAGCUCAUUAACCACGACGUUGUAGAGCCCCUGUACAUUGAAGUUGACCAGAUCUAUCAUUUGGCUUCUCCAGCCUCCCCUCCAAACUACAUGUACAAUCCUAUCAAGACACUAAAGACCAAUACAAUUGGGACCUUAAAUAUGUUGGGGCUGGCAAAGCGGGUCGGGGCUCGUCUUCUCCUGGCCUCCACCUCGGAGGUGUACGGAGAUCCUGAAGUCCACCCUCAAAGUGAGGACUACUGGGGCCACGUGAAUCCAAUAGGACCCCGAGCCUGUUACGAUGAAGGCAAACGUGUAGCAGAGACCAUGUGUUAUGCCUAUAUGAAGCAGGAAGGAGUGGAAGUGCGGGUGGCGAGAAUAUUUAACACCUUCGGGCCGCGCAUGCACAUGAACGACGGGCGGGUGGUCAGCAACUUCAUCCUGCAGGCCCUCCAGGGGGAGCCGCUCACGGUGUAUGGAUCCGGAUCUCAGACGAGGGCAUUCCAAUAUGUGAGUGAUCUCGUGAACGGGCUUGUGUCUCUGAUGAACAGCAAUGUCAGCAGCCCCGUCAACCUGGGGAACCCUGAAGAACACACGAUCCUAGAAUUUGCUCAGUUAAUUAAAAACCUUGUUGGUAGUGGGAGUGAAAUCCAGUUUCUCUCCGAAGCCCAGGAUGACCCACAGAAAAGAAAGCCAGACAUCAAGAAAGCGAAGCUGAUGCUGGGCUGGGAGCCCGUGGUGCCCCUGGAAGAAGGCCUAAACAAAGCCAUCCACUACUUCCGCAAAGAACUCGAGUACCAGGCAAAUAAUCAGUACAUCCCCAAACCCAAGCCGGCCAGAAUCAAAAAAGGACGGCCACGCCAUGACUGAGGGAAGCUCGCAUCUCGGGCGGCGGGAGCCUUCCUGUUUUACACUUGAUGGGCUGUGUCUGUUUGUUUUCCUUUUUACUAUUUUUUGAAGAAAGACUGAAAACAGGUGUCAUGAAGAACAAAACUGGAAUUUCAUUCUGAAGCUUGCUUUAACGAAAUGGAUGUGCCUAAAACCUCCCCUCCAAAAAAAAAAACAAAACUGCAGAUUUUGCCUUGCACUUUUUAAACCUCUUUUUACGUGUAAAAUAGGGUAGAUGCAUCUUUGCAUAUUUUCACGUUUUUUAUCUUGCUGUGAGAGCAUAUGUUGUGACUGUCGCUGACAGUUUUAUUUACUAGUUUCUUUGUGAAGCUGAAAAGGAACGUUAAAUGGGAUGAAAAUGCCGAUUUUAUUUAUAAAAGUGGGUACUUAAAAGGAGACGUUAUACUAUGCAUAAAGAAAAGAGAAGACAGCAGUGUUGCCAGGUGGGUGGCGCUCUGACAUUUAUUGUUCAGGCUGAUAAAAAUUCUGUUUGAGAGCUUUAUGUUUCUUUCAAUCCAGGAUUUGUCCGAGGUCUAGUUUUUAGUUACAUACUUGACUUUUGAAAUACUUCUGUUUGGUUAUAUCAUGAUUACGGACGUCGGAAUCACUACUGUGUCGUGCUGCGUGUUCUGGGAGAAAACAAGGUUAACCUAUUCUUGGUUAACAGUGGAUGAAUAUGCUAUUUUAAUAAAAUAUGGAAACUUAA